AUGAAUGGGGUCACGCACCUUGAACCAGAUGACUCUGAGUUUGUUGAAGUUGAUCCAACUGGCAGAUAUGGCAGAUAUAAUGAAAUCCUUGGAAAAGGAGCUUCAAAGACAGUAUAUAGAGCAUUUGAUGAGUAUCAAGGGAUUGAAGUUGCUUGGAACCAGGUCAAGCUGUAUGAUUUUCUGCAAAGUCCUGAAGAUCUUGAGAGGCUUUACUGUGAAAUUCAUCUCCUGAAAACAUUGAAGCACAGGAACAUUAUGAAAUUUUACACUUCUUGGGUUGAUACUGCGAAUAGGAAUAUCAACUUCGUGACUGAAAUGUUCACCUCCGGUACACUUAGACAGUAUAGGCUAAAGCACAAGAGAGUUAACAUCAGAGCGGUGAAGCAUUGGUGUAGACAGAUCUUGAGUGGACUUCUCUAUCUUCAUAGUCACGACCCGCCUGUGAUCCACAGAGAUCUAAAAUGUGAUAACAUUUUUGUCAAUGGAAACCAAGGGGAAGUGAAGAUUGGGGAUCUUGGUUUGGCAGCAAUUCUCCGGAAAUCUCAUGCAGCUCAUUGUGUAGGGACGCCCGAGUUCAUGGCCCCAGAAGUAUAUGAAGAGGCAUAUAAUGAGUUAGUUGACAUUUAUUCCUUUGGGAUGUGCAUACUAGAGAUGGUCACAUUUGAAUAUCCUUACAGUGAAUGCACUCAUCCGGCUCAAAUCUAUAAGAAAGUUGUUUCUGGGAAAAAGCCGGAUGCUUUAUAUAGAGUGAAGGAUCCGGAUGUGCGACAAUUUGUUGAGAAAUGCUUGGCCACGGUGUCUCUUAGGCUUUCUGCGAGGGAGCUUCUAGAUGAUCCAUUUCUUCGAAUUGAUGAUUAUGAGUAUGAUAUGAGAACUGUAGAAAAUGGGGAAUUGGAUGAAUUUGGUCCUCUCAUCAGACAGCCAUUCUUUGAUCUUCAUCGAAGCUAUAGUAACUUCAGUAAUGAAUACUCAAAUGGGUUUGGGUAUGAAGGAGACUGGUGUCCUCAUCCGGCUGAGAUUGAACCUAGUGGAAUUGAACUUUUUGAGUACCAUGAUGAUGAACCUUCUGAAGAUGCUGACAUAAGCAUCAAGGGCAAGAGGAAGGAUGAUGGUGGCAUCUUUUUGAGACUAAGAAUUGCUGACAAAGAAGGUCGCAUCCGAAAUAUUUAUUUCCCAUUUGACAUAGAGAUGGACACAGCAAUAAGUGUGGCAACUGAAAUGGUUGCAGAGCUGGACAUUACUGAUCAGGAUGUUACCAGAAUAGCUGAUAUGAUUGACGGGGAGAUUGCUUCCUUGGUACCUGAAUGGAGACCAGGACCAGGAAUUGACGAAACUCCCCGUUUUGCAAACCAAGGUUUCUGUCACAAUUGCGUGUCUAAUCAUACUUCUAGCGGCUCUUUUCUGGAUUUUCUUUCACACAAGCCAGGUGAGAAGAACUUGCAACUUCUCGAGUGUUGUAGGCAUGGAUGUGCUUCAAUGCAUGGGCGGUUUGAGGAGAUUACCUUCCAAUCUGAAGAGUAUGACAACCAUGCUAGAGGGGAUCUGAACAUAUCAAGCCAAUUAGACAGCUUGCAGUAUGAGGAGUUAUGGAACCAGCAUGAAAGUCGUGAACUGAGUCCAGUAGAGUCUGAUCAAAGCCAUUCUGAUGAACAAUACGAUCAACUAGAUAAGUCAAUUCCAGCUAAGGAUAAAGAACGUGAUGUUUGGGAAAACAAGGUUUCCCUCAAUGCAGCAAAUUCUCUAAGAAAUUUAUCAGGAAGUCAUGAUUUGUCUAAUAUCCGAUCUGCUUAUUGUGACCUUGAAGAUGACUAUGAAAAAGAGAUUCAAAAGGAACUCAGAUGGCUCAGAGCCAAGUACCAAAUGGAAUUAAGGGACCAUAAGGAUCGACAGUUUGAUCAAUCUUCACACAGUACUAACAAAGACCACAAAACAGAAAAUGGCUCCUUGUCAGCAUUACUGACAGAAACAUUAAAAGAAGGCAACAAUGGGACUCGGUUGAAAUCGAUUACUAAUAAGUGGCAUCGUGAUUCCAGUAACCACCCUCAUGUCCAUGAAAGCUGCCCCAAUUCGGACACCCAAAGGGCCCAAAAUUGUGAGGCGAAGGAAUCCCCUGACGAAGGUAUGGUUACUGCGAAGAGUUUUUACACUGGCUCAUUGCUUCCACUCUCUCUGCACAGGACAGUUUCCCUCCCAGUUGAUGCUGUUGAUAUAUAA